AUGCAUACGUGUCCGUUGCAUUGGAGGCAGGGUUACGCCGAGGGGUUAGCCAACACUAUUCCCAUCCUCGCUCGGCGAUACGGCAAUUUGGUCCGUGCAAAUCCUUUCAUCUCACCCGUGGAGCUCAAAAGAAUGCUCGAGGGUCACGGAAGGGUAGUGAUCCACUACUGGCAGGCUUGGCGGCUUCGAGAGUACAUCUUAAAGGAGCGAUAUGGAGAUUGGAAGGAGUCCUUUCGCCAGGUUCCGUGGCUUCUCACUCGUUUCACAGUCAUCGAUCCGGAAGUUCAAGUGCGGUUGGACACAUUAGAUCGGUGUUUCCACCGAUUCUACGUGCGUCCCUCUGCAGCACGGCAUGCGUUAAAUUAUUGCCGCCCGGUUGUUGCGCUCGACGGUACACAUCUCAUUAGUGCGCAGAAGGCUGUGCUGCUCAUCGCCGUCACCAUUGACGGGAACCAGGAGAUUUUGUUACUUGCAUGGGCCUUGGUGGAGUCGGAGAACAAGGACGCGUGGACCUGGUUUCUGAAGUUGUUCCUUGAGGGGUUCCCGGAGUGGGCGCGUAGGGACGAUGCCUCCAUCAUCAGCGAUCGCGAUAAGGGGUUGGUGCCGGCAGCAAGGGAGGUGAUGCCAAGCCACAUCCCCCAUUAUUUCUGUGCCUGGCAUCUGGAGCAGAACCUUAAGCGGUUCGGCAAAGCGGCAACAGCGUUCUUCUGGCGGUUGGUGAAGUGUCGGGAUUUCGUGUUCGCGGAUGCUCGCGAAGGGAGGAGGGCACAGCGAGGGCAGGAGCGUGGUGUCAACGCGGGAAAUGGUGGCGUCGACACCGCGUCCCAACCCGAAGGGAGUGGGUUCCCGGAGGGCAACACGGUAUUGGAGUCCCUUCAGGGAUACCAGACGAAGGGGAUGGCGGAGCGGCUGCUUUUGGCAUCGGCCGUGGAGGGCGAGGACGAGCUUCAUCUGGACGUGGUCGCAGAGGGAGAGGCGGUGGCGUUGCAGGGGCGGGCCUUGGCAGGGGAGGUAGAGGAGUGCCCCCCGCGGCCGAUUGCGGAGGGCAGGGGGGUGGCGGAUCAGACUUCACGGGGGUUGGUGGUGGAGUACGGGAAGUGCCGCUCGGUGGGGCCGGCGGGGAGCAGGGGGAUGCCGGCGCGGGAUGGUCCGGCAUUGCAGGUGGAGGGAGGGGAGUCCCGCUUGGUGGGGCUCCUGGAGGGCAGGGGGGUGCAGGAGCAGGAUGGUCCGGCAUUGGAGGUGGAGGGAGGGGAGUCCCGCUUGGUGGGACUCCUGGAGGGCAGGGGGGUGCAGGAGCAGGAUGGUCCGGCAUUGGAGGUGGAGGGAGGGGAGUCCCGCUUGGUGGGGCUCCUGGAGGGCAGGGGGGUGCCGGAGCAGGAUGGUCCGGCAUUGGAGGUGGAGGGAGGGGAGUCCCGCUUGGUGGGGCUCCUGGAGGGCAGGUGGGUGCCGGAGCAGGAUGGUCCGGCAUUGGAGGUGGAGGGAGGGGAGUCCCGCUUGGUGGGCCUCCUGGAGGGCAGGGGGGUGCCGGAGCAGGAUGGUCCGGCAUUGGAGGUGGAGGGAGGGGAGUCCCGCUUGGUGGGGCUCCUGGAGGGCAGGGGGGUGCCGGAGCAGGAUGGUCCGGCAUUGGAGGUGGAGGGAGGGGAGUCCCGCUUGGUGGGCCUCCUGGAGGGCAGGGGGGUGCCGGAGCAGGAUGGUCCGGCAUUGGAGGUGGAGGGAGGGGAGUCCCGCUUGGUGGGCCUCCUGGAGGGCAGAUGGGGGCCGGAGCAGGAUGGACCCAGGCGACACCAAAGCGGGCCACGCGGUGAUGUUACGUUUGGGGUUGGCCUAGGCGCGAAUUUCAUGGGUGGGGUGGGGUCCGUUGGAAGGGGGGGCUCACCAGUGCCCUCUGGGGGCGACGUGCAGCGAGCUCCAGCAUCUGUGCGUGAUAAUGGUUUGGCAUCAUGCUCCACGGGUGAUGGGAUAGGCGCUCUCACCACUGUGGGGAACCCGGGUGCACGAGCAUUUGACGUCAACACGGUCCUGCGACGUGCCCGGGAGUGGUACCGGGCAGAGGACAUUGACACGGGGAGGACCACGGGCACUCAGGGAUCAGAGAUGGGUGGGUUUACUGAGCACUUCCACCCAGCAUCGGCUCUGGCUUUGCCAUGGCCAGACUGCGGGCAGCGGGAGAACAUUCCUGCGCAAGGGCCGGACGAGCCAGCAAGUGAGGAUGAUCCGGUGCCAGUGGAUGCUAGGGAGGAUGGGGAUGAGGCGGCCGAUGAUGAGGGAGAACCCGGAAUACAUGUCCGAACCGGGUUCUAUCGUAAUAGGCGCGGAUCAUCUUAUCGCAUUGGGGGAAUCAUGCUGCUGCACUGGGCCCGUCUUUUUGCGGUGACACUGCGUUUUGGCAUCUACACAAGCAACGCCGCCGAGUCCAUCAACAGCGCUGUCCGCGGCAUCCGAAUGCUGCCACCAACAUGGCUGCUGGCAUCACUUUGGGAUUGGUCUCGCGACAAGUGGUACGAGAGGAAGGAGAAGGCGCGCUGCAGGGAUGAGUAUCUCACGGCUGCCGCAUCGAAACGACUGGACCAAAAGAAGCAGAGGUGCCAGGGGUAUUGGUUCAUCGGUGGGGACAACUCUGUUGGAACCAUCCAGACCAGGGGGGGGGAAAACGAGUUCCAGUGGCGUAGCUUCAACGUGAACCUCGAUGCCCGGACGUGCGAGUGCGGGAACUGGGAGGAGUACCAGUUCCCUUGUGCCCACGCCGUGGCAAUGUGCAUAUUGAAGCAGCGGAGUGUGGAGAUCCUUGUGUCUGAGUACUACACCACUCGCAAUCUUCGCCAGACAUACAACCGGGAUGUGAUGGGUACCUGUGUGGACCGGCUGAUUAUGGAGGCUCCACUGGCAGAAGUGGGCGAGUGCGAUGCACCAGCGCUGAUUGAGACGAGGGUUGGGAGGCCAGAGAAUCACGCCCGGUUCGAGGCACCGCCGCACGCUUAUCGGUGUGGGCGAUGCCGACAGUAUGGGCACAACCGCAAAAGGUGCAAGUACAAGUACGGUGGGUACGGUCAGGCGCAGGCUGCGGUGGGGGAGGAGGUGGAGGAGGAGGAGGAGGAGGAGGAGGAGGGGGAGGAUGGAACUGCUACAGGAGAGCAUGGAGGGGGGGCACCAAGCUGCCCAUGA